AUGGCGAACCGUCCGUACACUCUUCCCGAGCUUCUCCCGAUAAUCGUAGCAAUAUCUUGGUGUGAUGACUUUGUUGAUACAUCGGCUGACGGACUAUUGUUGUUAUUUCUCUUUGGCAAAUCUGUUGAGCAGCCGCGGUGCGGUCGUUCCUGCAAGCGGUGACGAAGGAGGAGGUUGCUUUGCCCCUUAGGGUCGUUCAGAUUGAAGGGAUGGUACGGUUUCUUUUAAUGUCGUGAUAACUGUAGCCUAGGAAUUCUGGACGAAACAUGGCUGGUUCCUUUUCUGCACCGUGGAUGUCGAGGACACGAUUUAGGAAGUAUCUCAUGUUCUCUACCUGCUGUUACGUUUGAUCAGCGGUCUCUCCGUAAGUGGUUAGUUCCAGUUGAACUGGUUAACUUGAGCUCCGUUCAUCGGAUAGAAGGGUACAUAUUGAAAUGUAUUGAAAAAUGAGAUCGAGCCGUGGUCAUGGUUAGGAUGAUACUCGCUCUUGUGAAUAGUCCAGAUGCGUUAAUUGGUCCCCUGUAAACACAAAUGGAUAUUUAGGCAGAAGGGUAACGAUAGUUGUAUCGGGGUAACUUAUAUUUAUCCAUUUUUAUAAAAAUAAGACUGUUUCGGUCUUUCCUCGAGCCAACGCAUUCUACGAGUUCAAUAUCUAUCCUAAUUGGAAGACUAUGAGUUCUGUAGGACUACACAUUCUUAAUUGAAAUAGAAAGCAACGUGUUCAAUAUUAUAAGGUCAUCAUUUACCCAUUGAAUUGAGAAAAUGGAGGAUUGUCAUCAUCAGAGUUAUUUUGUUUGUAAGUUUCUUUGAUUGGUGUAUCCGUCACCUCCCGGAAAAUGAACCUGAAAUGAAUUGUUUGCACAUACCCAUGUGAAUUUAUAACAAAUUAGCCAUGGAACAUAUCAGUAUGUAGAAAAUAAAUGCGCCUAUCCUAGUACGAGAGAAUUGCGCCACAUGAUGUCAUGCACCUACUUUUAUACUUCAUUAUUACUAAUGGGAAUCUUUCGUCACUGCCUAUACUUUGCCUUGUGUUCAUGAUAUGAACUCUCUAUUUCAUCUAUUAAUUUUCUUGCCCGUUGGCAUUAUGCAGGCCGUUUUGAAAAUUAUUAAACACUGCAAGGAAUUUUCUCCAGCCCUAGUUACUGGACAGCUUCUUGGUCUGGAUGUUGGCAGUGUGCUCGAAGUCACCAAUUGCUUUCCUUUCCCAGUACGUGAAGUUCAAAAUGAACUCUACAUUCUCAAAGCUUCUUUUUUUUUUUUAAGAAUAUUCUAACUGCUUGAAUUUUCAGACUCGAGAAGAAGAUGAAGAGAUUGAAACUGACGGAGCUAGUUAUCAGCUUGAAAUGAUGAGGUGCCUAAGAGAGGUCAAUGUUGAUAAUAAUACUGUAGGCUGGUACGUUCCAUCUCUGACUUUUACAUGAUAUCCUUCUGAUAUUCGAUUUUUGCAUUUGGAGUCAUUUUAUGUAUGCAAGUAUUGCCUUACUGUGAUUUCAAGCUAGAUUUUUUUCAUUACCCUACUAACGGUUUUGCGUGGUCAAAAAUUAUUUCUAAUUUAGGUAACCGGAUUGAGGUAAAUCUUUUGCUACAUCAAGUAGGGUAGCGUUUGGUGACUCAGAAAGAAGAAGAAAACUUAUGACAUUGACAAAUGCACUAUAAAUAAUUGAAAUGCUGAAAGAGAGCGAGAGUCUUCCUAUUUCUAAAUGUGUAUCUCCUAUACUAAACUUCAUCUUUUUUUCAAGGCAGUCAUUCAUUUGGAAUGAAUAUUAGUAUCAUUAUUGGCAUAUGAAAAGAAGGGUAUCUAUUCCUUGGAAGUCAUAAGCUGCCAUUUUUCUGUAGGAUGGAGAAUCCGUGUUUUUGCACCUACACUUCUUGAGUAGUGGCGAUAGUGCCACUCCUUUCAUUAUUCUCGAUAUUAGUCAGGGAACUAAUUAGGAAAUGUGUACCCAAACGACCAUUCAAUGUAGAGCUGACCAUCGUCUGUGGAACCUCCUCGAAGAAGGUGGGAUCGUGUUGUGAGUAUAUGUGAUCCCUCGAGAAAUAUGCCAGGCAUUGAUAUGCGCCCCGUUGAACUUUACACUAGAGGCAUCCUGAUCUAACCCAUUUCAGGUGUGCUUUUGUUCGACUUCUUGGAUUUGCGCGCAUUGGAUCAGGUUAUGGUUGCCAUCAUUAUAUCGUGAUUAGGUAUCCAGUUAAUUGUAAUCAUAGACGUAACUUCCUGUCCUAAAUGAGACCAUAAAUUCGUUCUCCACUACUCCUGCCCUCUGCUGGAAUUGUGAAUUGAGUGCUUAGUCCCCCAAAGGUAAUCUCUUUUUUUGUUAUUUUUUCAAAAAAAAUGAAUAAUCAUAGUUUCCAUGCACAUGAUGUGUUCAAGGUAAUUUAAUUAUUUAUUAUUUAUUUAUUUUUCAAAUGCAUACAAGUUCUCGGUCUGAAUAACUUUGGAGACAUUUCCAGUAUGGCGGAAUGCCAUGAUGGAACCUGACAAUGACCAUUUCCUUUGACUUAAUAGUAUUUAUUGAUUUUAUGGUAUAUGACUUUGAAUUAAUUCCCUGUGCUCAAAUUAACAAUGAGUCUGGAUCACUAAACUAAGCUUUUUUUAUUUUUAGCAGUAAAAAUGUCUUUCCUACUUUAAUUUUGUCCAAAAUUAAUCUGUAUUUUUUAUAUCAUCUUUAAAUAGAUGUAUAUUUGUCCUCAUCCCGCUGUAUUUUUAUUUAUGGAACUUGGCUCUUUUUUUUAUGCGUAUAUGUUUCUCCUUCCCUUUCUUAGCAUUAUGAUUGUUAUGGUGGUUGUGUUGGUUUUCAGGUAUCAAUCAACUUUAUUUGGGUCCUUUCAGACAGUGGAGCUGAUCGAGACAUUCAUGAAUUACCAGGUGACAUCUUUUUCCUGUGCAGCGAUGUUGACUAUGCCUAACAAGUUACUUGUUUUCUAGCAGAGUCUCACCAGCACAGCCUUACUAAGUUGUUAAUUAUUUAAGUACGUAGCAUAAUUACAUGCUGAUUGGAACAGCAUGGCAUAUGAGUUUGUCAUAUUGCUACCUUGCCUGGCCUCGCCUCGUAGAAAAGCUGACACAUAGGUAACAAGUGAAAGGCCUGAAUGUUCUGUUAUAACGAUCUGUGGAAUUGGGACUCGGCAAUCAGAUAUGUUGAGGGAUUGGGGGUUGUCGUCCCUGAUAACAUAUUUAAACUUUAAAAUGGAACUACCUCCUGAAAAUAGGCUAAUUAGAUUUUAUUGCCAAAGAUCUGAUGAAAAAGAAUUGAAGAAAAGCAGGCUGCUUGCCGUGUCUGUAAACAGUGGGGGAAGGUGGUUAUUGCAAUAAUAAAAGAAAGAUGAAGCUGAGUAGAAGCAGAAAAACCCCUGCCGUUGAGCAUGUUUGUAAGCUUUGGAGUAUAUUGCCUUGAACUUCAAGUGGUUGACCAAGGGUUUUGAUGCAUAUAAUGUGUUAUAAAUUGAUGUGAUUAAAAAUCUAUCAUUUUUUUCCACAAAUGCUGGUAGGAGGAAUACUUCCUGGGCUAUCUGGUGUAGGUCGAUGGACUGUGGCAUUAUACUGUUCUUACCUUUUUUGUUUUUUUAUUUUUGCAAUACCUGAAUGCACACUGAUAUCACUCUUAUUGAAUCAUGGACUGAUAUCCUCCUUGCGCAGGAGAACAUUAGACGCUGCGUCUGCAUUAUAUAUGACCCGUCAAGGUCAAAUCAAGGGGCUUUAGCUCUCAAGGCCAUGAGGCUUUCAGAUUCAUUCAUGGAUCUUUAUCGCAAUAACAAUUUCACGGGAGAGAAGUAUGGAUAUUUUGACACUGGAAUGUCCCACAAACAAUAAAGCAGAAUUCUUUUUUUAUUUUCGUAUGCUUAUUCUUUGUCCAGGUUAAGGGAGAAACAUCUCACAUGGGUGGAUAUCUUUGAAGAAAUACCUGUAUAGGCUUUUCUUCAAGACUGGAUUUUAUUCAUUGACUGGUUUUCUUGUGGAUUUGAUGUUUCGCGACUCCAAUUGAAAGAUCGGCAGCACUGACUCUAUGCAUGUGGCUUUCUAUUUCUCCUCCUUUCGGAUUGCAGAUUAAAGUGUCCAAUUCUGCACUUAUAAGUGCAUUUAUGACCGAUCUAGAGACAGAUGCCCCCGUCACUCAGGUUCAGCACCCCAAUGUCUUUAAUAGAGAUUUUGUUUUACUUGUAUGAAUCUGCGUUCCGAUUCUUGAAAUGAAUUCUCCUUUGGCAGUGUGACUUCGAUCGCCUACAACUGUCUACUAAUACUUUUGUGGAGAGGAACGUGGAAUUUAUGAUUGAAUGCAUGGAAGAUCUGACCAUGGAACAACAGAAGGUCAAUUUUAUUCUCCAUUCUAUAUAUCUCACUGAUCCCGAAGUUCUUCCGGUUGUGUUUUCUUCGUUCUUUUACUUAAUUUCCCUCUCUCUUGCAGUUCCAAUACUACUACCGAAACCUUUCACGUCAACAAGCCCAGCAGCAAUCGUGGCUUCAGAAAAGAAGGUAAAAGCUGUUUAAGUGGACUGUCAGAACCCUAAUUAUUGGAAUGCCAUAUGUAGUGGUCUGAAAAUGAAUGUGCCGUCGAACAGUUCACUUUGUACGCUACCUGAAGGUAUUGAUCAUGCCCUUGGCAUUGGUCACGCCCAAAUGAAUGUUAGCUGUGGUGGAGGUGGUACUUGCUUGGCAUAAAGUAUUUUGUGGAUAGGAUUUGGCUAAAAGAAGUACUUCCGAUUCAGUACAGUUUUCGCAUUAUAACCAUUUUAUGUUCUCUCAUGUAUAGUAAUCAGUUGUUUAUUUUAUUUUAUCAUUUAUUCGUUGUUAUUGGAAUGUGUUUAUUUCUUCUGAUAUGCUUAUUGCUCUUUGCAACCUUUUCUGGUGUCCCUAUAUUUAAUCGGUAGGACAGCAAGAUAUUUUUUUAGUCUGGAGUAAGGCUGCAUACAUAUACGGACUUCCAUUUCUGAUCCUCUUGAUGAUACAGAAGAGUAACAUAUGAUUUAAAUCGUGAAUACUUUAUUGAAUUCCUUCAAAAUAUGCAUUGUAUCAUAGUUAUCCUCAUUUAUCAUCGUUCACUCUUUGCUGCAGCUAGUCGGUCUAUUUUCUUCUUCCUUUUGUAUAUUUUUGGGCCUUGUUAAAAUAUAGGAUCAAGGUUGCAAUUAGCAAACUUGUUACCAUAAAUAGUAAUCAUAUAUCCGUUUAUCGAUGUUGGGUUCUUUCAUCCUUCUGAUAUGGCGCUCAUCUGUACAUUUUUCUCUAUCUAGUUAUAAUCUUCAACUUGAUACGGUUGGAUUUUCAUUGUGUCCAUGGGUUCCCAUUCAACAGGACAGAGAACAUGGCGAGGAAAGCCGCGGGAGAAGAACCACUGCCCGAGGAUGAUCCUGCAAAUCCGCUCUUCAAACCUCUACCUGAGCCGUCACGCCUAGACAGCUUUUUGAUAACCAACCAGAUCUCCAACUACUGCAACCAGAUCAACGGGUACGCUGGCUCGACUCCUCCCCAAUAUCUUAUCUCUGUAGCUUGUCAACGGAUGAAAGAGCGCCCAAUUAUUUCAUCAUUCCCAAAUAUUAACCAAUCGAUGAAACUCUCUGAAGGAAAGAUGCUGAUUCAUAAGGAUUAUCUUCAGGGUCGUCGGUCAGAGUCUGAGCAAAUUGUACCUCACGAAAGCUCUGCAUGAGAACUGA